AUAAACAGGUUUUGCAUAUAUGUCUUUAAAAAGGAAAUGGAUCUUGAACAAGAGGAGCUUUGGUCUAUGUUUUUUCGUGUUUUCUCUCUCGCUGGUGCUAGUUUUAUAUAAGAAUUACAAAGACAUAGAAAGAACUUUAACGAAACGCGAGCAAACGCUACAAGUGGACAUUUGUUUUAUGAUCCCGAGCUCAAUGAACAUAACAAAUUCUACUAGAGAAAAAAUCUUUCAAGAAGCUAUAGAAUGGUCCAAAUUAUUGACAAGAGCUUUUGGGGAAAUUGGAAUCAAUAAAACAAGAAUUGCUCUUAUUUUAUACGGAGAAAACGCGAAACUGAUGUUCAAUUUUACUGAUAAAAUGGACAAACAAUCUGUAAUGGAAGGCUUGGAUGAAGCGAGCGAGCCUCCAGCUUUGGGUAAUGAAACAUCAACAGAAAAAGCCUUAGAAUUUGCGUUAGACAAUUUGGUGAACCAGACUCGAGAAGAUGCCGUGAAAAUAUUCUUUGUAUUUGCUGAUCAUCCCGCCGACGAUAAUACAACAGCAAUUGUGACGAAACUUAAGGAAAAAGAUAUUGAAGUUUUUGGCCUGGGACUGAGAGCGAAUGCAACGAUCGAUGAAAACAAAAACGAAACUUCAGAAGAUAACAGUGAACUGACCUCCGAGAGUGGUAAUCAAUCCUUAAGCAUCAACAAUGAUCAAGCAUCACCCUCUACUAUCAACAUAAUUUCAAACAAACCAUCCACCGGCAUCAACAAUGAUCAAGCAUCACCCUCUACUAUCAAUAUAGUUUCAAACAAACCGUCCACCGGUAUCAACAAUGAUCAAGCAUCACCCCCUACUAUCAAUAUAGUUUCAAACAAACCGUCCGAAGCAAAAACCAACUAUGACGAUCAUGAUGAGUUGGAACAGUCCUUGAAUGACGACAGUAAACCAAAAGCAAAGUUAGGAAACUACGAAAUAUUUGGAAAAUUGACAGGAAAACAGAUUGAAACGAGGGACAUUUUACGUAAGAUUAUCUACGGCGACAAGGCAAAAGUUGUUAUACUUUAAUAUAAAAUGCAAAAUAGCUUUUCUAUAGGAUGGUACUUUUAAAAUAACGACAUAAUGAAAAUAAAAAAUUGCUUCCAAUAUUUAGAAAUCUAGAAAGUACUAUCGUUAAAAUUGUACGAUUUCUUGUUGAAAUCGUCACCACCUUGUUUCUACGACAUUGCUACAUAUUGUUGAAUACAGAAAGUAAAAUAUAUUGUAACGCUGAAAUCAACUGUUGGUACUACUUGCAAGCUUCGAGACAAUAUCAUCAAAACGACCAUCUUUGAUAGCAUCAUAAAUUAUCUGUAAAUUUUCAUCUUGAGGAGUGACUCCAUCGUGGAAUUUUACUCUAAGACUUUUUCUAACAAAUAAAUACAAAAGCCGUGUACCUAGAAAAAAUUAAUUCUGAACAAAAA